UAAAAGAAACCAAACCAAAUCAGGCAUCUGAAAGCAACAUAACUAAUGUCCCUCCAGGUUUUAAAAGCUUAAAGUCUUUUUUCUAAAGUACCAGUGUUUGUUUAUACAAGUCAUGUUUUUCACUUUUCAGCCUUCACACUCGAUUUACAGACUGAAAUAGUCCUCGUGUGUCUAACUCCCAUAUUUGACCCAAAGCUGAUCGUUUUGCCACUCAAAGGAAAUAAGAACAAUUUGACACAGAAGACCAAUUUCACCGCACAAAGUCACGUCAGCUGAGGUCUUUUUGUGUUUUUCCUGUCUCUGCUUCUCAACUGCACAUUGUGUCUCUCUCCCUUAUUUCCUUUCAGGCGAUCUCUCAACAAGACCUGGUUUACAUGGCCAUCCAGAUUGCAUGUGGGAUGAGCUACCUGGCUCGCAGGGAGGUCAUACACAAAGACCUCGCUGCCAGGAACUGCGUCAUUGACGAUAACAUGCAGGUGAAGAUAACAGACAAUGCCCUUGCCCGAGACCUGUUUCCGAUGGAUUACCACUGUCUGGGGGAUAAUGAGAACAGGCCGGUCCGCUGGAUGGCCCUGGAAAGUUUGCUCAACAACGACUUCUCGAGUGCAAGUGACGUGGUAAGAACUGCAGUUAAAUACAGUUUACUUCCUGUAACUUAAAGGUCCAGUGUGUAGGAUUUA